UGCAUUUAAUUUGUAUUCCAGAUUAAAAUUAUAAAAGGUACAUAUUAUGUUUAACUAGUGAUUUCAUUUUUCAAAAUGAAAUAAGACACUUUAAGGAUACCACAGUACCAAAUAUAAAUGUUGUGAUCACUGAUCCACAAUGGGUGCUUGUUUAGGUACGAAUCGUGGGCGUCACGAACAUAGACACAGCAAUUCAAGACAUCCAGGUACAGGCACUUGGAAAAAUCAAACUCUGCGAAAAGAACAUCCAAAGUGGAGAAGUGACGUGCCUUUAACUGAGGGGCAAUUACGAAGUAAAAGGGACGAGUUUUGGGAUACAGCUCCAGCUUUUGAUGGUCGAAAAGAAAUCUGGGAUGCAUUAAAAGCAGCAGCUGCUGCUUUAGAGAGUGGAGACAAUACACUGGCCCAAGCAAUUAUUGAUGGAGCAAAUAUUUCCCUUCCCCAGGGUACAAUGCUUGACUGCUAUGAUGAACUUGGUGCACUCUACCAAGUUCCUGUGUAUUGUUUAUCCCCGCCGGUGAACUUAAUUCGUGGAGUCACUGCUUCACAAUCAAGGGUAGAGGAGGAACUUGUGGAAAUCAAACCUGGGGAUAAAUCUUUUCCAAUUAAAGUUCGACUGCGAGGUGAAAAAGAAAUAAGAUUAAAAGUUCUUCCAAAUGAUUCAGUAUUAAACUCAAAACGGAGACUAGAAGCACAGGAAAGUAUAGCAGUGAGCAAACAACGUUGGUUUUUCUCUGGAAAAAUGAUGUCGGACUCUGUACACUUACAGCAAUAUAAACUUGAAAAAGGUUAUGUGAUCCAGUGUGUUGUAAGAGAGCAAGAUGACUGAAGACCACACUGCAUUCCUAUUGCCUUAAACCUGCUGGCCACAUGCACUGGUUGGCCGACUCUACAUAUCCUCAAGGCUGUGAAGUAUACUAACUGCGAGAUGAGCAUUUUUGUUUCUAUCAACUAUUCCCGCUGCGUUUUUUAGUUGUUUUUUUCCUAAAAGUUUUGUACUUUUUAGUGUACGCGAGGUUUUUUCUUGCUUUAUGAUUAUUGCUUCCAUUUUCAACGGUUUAAAUUACUAACAUUGCUCUUUUGGAAGUUUAAACUUGGCCAUUAAUAGCUAGUAAGUCCUUCUCCUCAUCUUACAGUUACAAGGUUUAUUUUGCCCAGUUUAAAUUUAUGUUAAUUAAGCCAAUAUUUUUCUAACGCAAUGCUAGGUGUUCUAUUAAAUUGUUUUUAAACAUGCAUGAGAACCUGUUGAAAUGAAAUGUAGGAGUGUAGAUUUCCUUUCUUUUUUAUUUGAACUGUUUUUUAACAAUGUUCAAAAGCGUUUGUAAAUACUUGUUUGAAACAAAACGAAACAUUCAUUUAAAGUUGCAUUUUAAACGUCCAUACAUUGGCUAUUGUAGCAAAUGCGACUUUAGUUAUUUUUGCUGCAUUGUUAGUUUUUCAUGUGAUAUUGUUUUACCCCAUACACUCUUGUAUGUAUGUGCAAUUAAAUUGUUCAUCUUAAAUACAUACAGCUUUCAUAUAAGAUAA